AUGUCUUCGAAUCGCCCAAACGCCCUGCACAACCUCAGGAUGGGGGAGGUCAUUCGCGAAAAGGUGCAAGACGGUGUCACUGGCGAGACCAGGGAUUUGCAGUAUACCCAGUGCAAGAUUGUUGGCAACGGUUCCUUCGGCGUUGUCUUCCAGACGAAGCUCUCCCCAUCCGGGGAGGACGCUGCCAUCAAGCGCGUUCUUCAAGACAAGAGAUUCAAGAAAGACGAGGUGUAUCUGAACCUCGUUCAAGAAUUCGUGCCUGAAACGGUCUACCGUGCUUCUCGUUUCUUCAACAAGAUGAAGACAACCAUGCCCAACCUCGAGGUCAAGCUCUAUAUUUACCAGCUCUUCCGCGCCCUGGCCUACAUCCACUCUCAAGGCAUCUGCCACCGCGACAUUAAGCCCCAAAACCUGCUGCUGGAUCCUACUUCUGGUAUCCUGAAGCUGUGCGACUUUGGCAGCGCAAAGAUUCUGGUGGAGAACGAGCCCAACGUGUCAUACAUCUGCUCUCGCUACUACCGCGCCCCGGAGCUCAUCUUUGGUGCCACCAACUACACCACCAAGAUUGAUGUCUGGUCAACUGGCUGCGUCAUGGCGGAGCUCAUGCUCGGACAACCACUUUUCCCCGGCGAGUCGGGCAUUGACCAGCUGGUAGAGAUCAUCAAGGUCCUGGGAACACCCACGAGGGAGCAGAUCCGCACGAUGAACCCAAACUAUAUGGAGCACAAGUUCCCGCAGAUCAAGCCCCACCCCUUUGCCAAGGUGUUCCGAAAGGCCGACGCUCACGCCAUCGACCUGAUUGCCCGUCUCCUUGAAUACACUCCUACAGAGAGGCAAAGCGCCGUUGAUGCCAUGGUGCAUCCGUUCUUCGACGAGUUGAGGGACCCCAGCACUAAGCUGCCCGAUUCGCGGCACCAGACCGGCACGGUGCGCGACCUGCCUCCUCUGUUCGACUUCACUCGUCACGAACUCUCGAUCCGACCGGACCUCAACGCUCAACUGGUGCCGGCUCACAUCCGACCUAUCCUUGUUUCUAAGGGUCUCGAUAUCGAUUCGUUCACACCAUUGACGAAGCAGGAGAUGCUCGCCAAGCUGGACUGA